UACAUGGAAUCCUUGUAAACAGGUUUACUGCGGACGGGACAGAACGCCCUGGUGCCACACACGCAAUGCUUGUGAGCUUAAAUUCGUAACAAUACCAGUAACAGACAGUAUACAUGUCGUAGCGAGCGAAGAUAAUUCAGUGGAGAUGGUUGGUUGGGGAUAUUUUCGUCAACACUGACAGCCAUUGUGAAUCGAUGCUGUUAGUCCCUUUCCAAUAGUGUGUCGUAACUUAACGUGAUGGCAACAGUCUCCAUACGUCAGCCUGUGUUACCAUGGUUACCUCUUUUGUCUGUAGCAAUAUGGCUGCUACACAUUGACACAGUGGAUGCAAUCGGCUGUUUUGUCUGUUCCUCGAUAAAUAACAGCGAGCCAGAGUGUGAGGACACAUUUAACAACACAGGGAAAUUCUACGUGGAUGAUUGCUGGUCCAGGCGCCAGAAACGUGUUGGUCUUUUUCCUGGCACUCAGUGUAUCAAGAUGACAGCAGAAAAUCCGGAAGACCACACCACAUACGUAGUACGGAACUGUGUUGUGGACAAUGGAGGUCUGACAUCUGAGACAGAGAUUGGCAGACAGGAUCACUGUGGCUGGCUGAGAGAGAUGGAGUAUGACAACAAGAAAGUCCACGGCUGCAUUGUCACCUGCGAGUCAAAUGGCUGUAACAGUGGGGAGAGGGUACGAGCAACACUUCACGUUACAUUUGUGGGUCUUCUCUCCCCAUUACUCCUCGUGCUUUACUCACGCUGGUAACAUCACUGUGCCCUUCUGUGUGGAAGUGCCAUACCUCCUCACAUCAUCUACGGGCCAGACACUGUACAAGUGAUGACCCAUCACCUCUGCGAUAACACAUUUAAACAUUGACACAAUGUGAGCAGGAAUGAUCUUGCGUCCAGUAUCAUGUCAGUCUGCCAUGAAGGUCAGUAUCCAUUAUAAGAUGUAUGUGCAUAUGUUCAUGUCAUCAACCAGGACUGCUUUAACACUAAGAACAAAGAUGGGUUCAUGCAGGCAGAAACACGAGACAUUCUUCAAGAAAGGCGUGAUCAUCAAAGCCUGAUGGAGUGCAUGUGACAACAACUCAGUGUUAAGCAAAGCCCACACAUCCUUAUAAAAGUGUGAGAAGGAAAAUUUGCUGUUUUUCUUGAAGGAGCAAAGAAAGAGUCAGAGACCUCAG